AAUUGCUUCUGUGUAUGAGAGUUUAUUGUGUACUUAGAAUAUCUCUGUGUAUUUUUUGGUUUUUCAUUAUAGGUGGGAGAAUUAUGGAAAAUAUCAGGAACAACAGAAAUCAUACAAAGAAGCAUUAAAAUGAAAAAUAUAUAUUUGUUAAAUUAAAAACGAACAUAAACAAUCUCCAGAUAAAUUAAUUUCCUAUUUCUGGCUUGAUGGUUAUUAACUUAAAGAGGAACUCCAGCCAAAUCCUUCUCUUUUGCAUAGAGAAUGGCAGUGUAAAUUUAAGCAACUUUCCAAUACAUUAAAGGAAAAACGUCAUUGCUUUAAAGUUAUAUGUAAUUGUAAAUCUGUUUAUAUUCAUUGCACAAUGGGCUCUCACUCCUGAAACAAUGUUGCAAGCCAUUAACACACCUUAAACCGGUUUAGACUGGUUGGUUGGAUGAUGUCAUAAUGUACCAUUGUGAUGUCACAAUGAAGAGAAAGCUCUUGGCAAAGAACCAGGUGUUUCAGUCAUUUACACUCAAGAUCUCGACAGAGCAACAUGACAUCCAGAAUGUUCUUGUUGUUUUUGUUUUCUAUUCUUUUUAUAUCUUUUGGAAAAUCACAGGAUGAAAAGGAAGUCUAUCAACCAGAGCUGAUGGACGUCCAAGGCAUGGUGGACCUCGAAGAUAAAGGACCUUCUGCCGGAUUUAUAGUGGUUGAAUCUGGGGAAUGUAGUGUCACUUGUGGGAAUGGAGUUAAGAUGGAGAAGCGAUGCUUUGUAGAUACUUCAGGCGAGACCUCUGAUUGCCAGAAAGUAAUGUCGCCCUGUAGCAUUAGCGUACCAUGUCAACUGAUGACAUUUCAGCGUAAGCCUGGAGAUGAAUUUGCCGUAGAUUGUAUGACGGAAGAAGAGGUUAAGGAACAGGGAGAAGUAAAUAUCUAUUGGAAGCAUGCUAAAGGCAUCAUAACCACGGAUGCUAGGGUUUUUCGCCCCUUAAAACUUCGGAGCAGCAUCCUGACGUUUCCUUCCCUCCAAGUGGAAAAUACUGGCACUUACCGUUGUGAUGCACAAAGAAAGGCCGAUGGACUUUUAGCAAAACAAGUUUAUUUUGGCCUCAAGGUGAUUAACCCUGAGGUGUUUGAUUUGGAAUUCAGAAAAUAUGUCAGAAACAAGAAGUUUCUAGAGGAUGUUCCAGCAUUAGAGACAGAAGACACUGAGAAGGUCUCCCCCCAGCCAGUAAAUAAACUGCUCAUUAUUGUUGCCACUGGCAUUGGCACAGGACUUCUGGUGGGCAUUGUUAUCUGGCUGUUAUUGCUGUUCUUGUGUAGAGCCAAACCCCAGCAGCCUGACUUAGUUUAAAUACAAUCAUUUUAGCCUUUCUACCUUGGAUAUAGUAAUGAUUUAUGUAGAUUUCUAUUGUCAAUUCAAUAAAGUGUUUUUUUUUUCU